AUGAACACCAACACAACCACUGACGACGACACCGACACACAAACUUCUAACAUCACAUGCGACAAUGAAGAAGAUGUAGAAGAUAACGAACAAACCAUCUACAACACCUUCAUCAACGAAAUUCUCACCAACUAUAACGACCCAACCAAUAGCAACACCUAUAACUAUAACGACACCGCAGAAUCAGAUAACCACAACAACAACAAUAGCAACAAUACCAACACUUACAAUAACAAUAGCACAACAGAAUCUGAUAACAACAUUACAAAUGAGAUGACAAACAACCAAGACGCCAAGGAGAAGAACAACAACGACAACCAGAACAACAACGACGAAGACAUUCGUCAAACCGGAAACAAAAACAACAACAACAAAUUCAUAAUCGUUCGACCAUACAACAGACAACUUAACUCAUUCUACGAAGAAAUCAUCACCACUCUAAUCCUACAUGGAUUUAUCCAAAACCACAACGACAUCCUACAAGCAUACACAAUCAACAAACCACUACACCGCAUACUAUUUAACACCCCCACUAAACACAUAAACACACACCCAUACUUACACAUCCAACAUCGUAAUAAUAACCAUCGUUAA